AUGCCGAGCAAGAGUGCUAUCCAUCACGAAACGCCAGUUCUGGUGGUUGGUGGAGGCCCUGUCGGGCUGAUUCUCUCCCUCCAGCUGGCUCGCUUUGGCAUCAACUGUAUGCUGGCUGAACGCAACCUGGAUACGACAAAAUGGCCGAAAAUGGACUGCACCAACGUUCGCAGCAUGGAAUUGUUCAAGCGCUUGGGAAUAGCUGAGGGUUUCCGGGAAAUAGCCGUACCACCGCAAUAUUCUUUUGAUGUGAUCUAUACUACAGGACUAUCGGAAGAUGGCGAAGAAGUAGCAAGAUGGAACCUGGAUUCCGUCGAUGCUUGGAGACAGCGUACAAGCGAGCAGAACGAUGGCUCAAUGCCACGGGAGCCAUAUCAGCGAUGCUCUCAGGCUGUCCUGGAAGCCUGGCUCAAGCCGCGGAUUCAAGAUGAGAAAUUCAUCGACGAGCAUUUUGGUCUCAAAUUUGAGUCGUUCACGGAGACAGAGGAUGGAGUAGAGUCGGUUCUCACCGACGUGACCACCGGCGACCAGCACAUUGUUCAGAGCAAAUAUCUCGUGGGCUGUGAUGGAGCUGGAAGCCGUGUUCGUCGAUCAGCGGGAAUUGACCUUAUUGGCGGACCUGUCCCCUCGGCCAUGAUGCUGAUCCACUUCAAAUCACGAGAUCUCACCAAGCUGCACAAACUGGGCCAGUUUUGGCAUAUAGCGUUUUCAAACGGAAGCAUCCUUAUUGCGCAAGAUGAGAUCGACACGUGGACGCUGCAUGUCCCAGUCGCCAUCGGUGCUGACUGGGAAAAGAUUGACCCGAUAGAAGCCAUAUACAAAGGCCUGGGCACUCCAACAACGCCAUAUCCCAUCAAGGUGGACAAGAUUCUUGUCAGAAGCGCGUGGAGGCCAAACAUUUGCAUAGCAGAAAAAUAUGCUUCUCCCAGUCGGCGAAUCUUCCUCGCAGGCGAUUCGGCUCAUCAGAACAUUCCUACUGGAGGUUACGGGAUGAACACUGGAAUCGGCGAUAGCUUUGACCUCGGCUGGAAACUUGCCGCUACUUUGAAGGGAUACGGCGGAAAAGGCCUCCUGGAGUCUUACGAGCUGGAGCGUCUGCCUGUUGCGACAAAGAAUAUCGACCAGUCGGGCGCCUUCUGGGAAGUGUGGCGGCAAAUCUGGGACUGGAGCGCCGAAGCCGGCGUGGAAGUCCUUUUAUCUCAGAGCGAAGAAGGAAAAACGCUCAAAGCCAAGAUGGCGAAUUGGGUGACGAUAAACAAUAGCGAGAACCAAGCUCAUGGUAUCGAGCUGGGCUAUAGAUACAACGCAUCCCCUAUUGUUGUUCCUGAUACCGAGGUUGCUGAGCCCAGAUGGGAUCUCGAUCAUUAUGUUCCGUCGACUUGGCCUGGAGCUCGACCUCCGCAUGUGUUCCUCUCAGAUGGAACGACGAGCAUCUUUGACUUGUUUGGUCAAGACUACACUAUCGUCGACUUUUCUGAGGAGGGCAAAUGGGCAGACGCUUUUGCUGAUGCCGCUCUACAGCUCAAAGUGCCUUUGCAAAAGGUUCACUUGCCGCAAGAAAAGCACGUGCACGAGAUCUGGGAACGCGCCGCAGUUCUUGUGAGGCCUGACGAUCAUGUAGCAUGGAGAGCUCCUCUUAGCGACAAGACAGCUGUGGCAGAGGCGAUUGACAUUCUGAAAAUUGCGAUAGGACAGACACCUCAUACGGGGGUUGGAGCAGGAAUUGAACACAAGGAUAAGGUGCUGGAUGAUGUCCAUAAGAAAGGGUUUUCGGGAACGAUUGGAAACAUCAACCAGGAUGAGGUGGCGAUGAAGGCUGCGUUUCAAAAGUAG